AUGUCUCUAGUUGGGAAAACAGUCAUCGUCACCGGCUCCGGCGGAGGGCUCGGUCUCAUAAUUGCCAGGACCCUGCUCACAGCUGGUGGCAACAUUGUCAUCUGCGACGUCAACGAAGCGCGCCUCGCCACCGUGCGGACUGACACAAAGACUUUUCUUCCUGACAGGGUCCUCAUCGAGCAGGUUGACGUGACGGACGAGUCCUCUGUGCAACAGAUGAUCGUUAAAUCCGUCGCCAGGUUCGGCCGCCUCGACAUGGUCGUCAACAACGGCGCCAUCAUGGAUCGCUUCGAUCCCGCAGGCGACUGUCCCAAGGAACUGUGGGAUCGGGUCCUCGCCGUCAACCUCACGGGCCCAUUCCUCGUGACGAAGCACGCCAUGCCACACUUACUAGCCGAGGCCGGGAGCUGCAUCGUCAAUAUUGCGUCCAACGCGUCGUUCCGUGGCCUCGCCGGCGGCGCCGCUUACACGGCGUCCAAGCACGGGCUCGUGGGACUCACUCGCAACACAGCCGGCUCGUACCCCGUCGCAUGCGUCGCCCUCAUACUCGGCGGCAUGGAGGCCACAAACAUCAAGGAUGCGUUUGGCGCGGGCGUCAACGAAGAGGGCAUGCGACGCCUGUUGGACACUCAGCCCGGCAACCGAACCGUGUCGCCAGUCGACGUUGCGCGCACCGUCGUCUUUCUGGGUGAGGGCAUGGCAAAGAGCAUGAACGGAAGCUGCGUGACGAUGAACGAGAAUUGGCCCGAGGCAUGA